GCAAGGGCUUCUGCUCUCUCCCAAAAAAUGAGAGUGUCUGCUUCCUGAAUGGGAGUUGCUGCUGGGCGUUCCCAGUCUCUGUUAGUCUUCUAACUUCAAUCAUUUUUCUUCUCCUUCAUUGUGUAUACCAUCACCUCUUUCGUUGCCUUCCAUAUCAUGUUUCUUUGUUGUCCCUUUUGGUAUCAAAACCCCAAAAGUAGUUUCCGUGUUGUUUGUUUUUCAACCUUCAUCAUAAACCCUAGAAUUCCAAUCUCAUGCUUUGACCCCCUGAUUAUGGCAGUUUGCAGUGGGAUUUGGGUUCUAAAUCAAAUUGGAGAUAUUCUUAGACCCCUUUCUCAAAGAGUAUCUUCAUCCCAAAGAUUUUGAUCGGGGUCAAUUGACAUUUGAUUGAAGUUAUUUGAAGCUUAACUUCAAGUCCAUAAUCCUCCCAACUCAUAUUGGCCAAUCGGAAAAGUAUAAAUCUCGGAGUUGGCUUAGGCGUCCUUCCCUUGGAAAUUUGGGCAACUGAAGAGGCUGGAUUGUGUAAAGGGAUACUGACGAUCUGGAUUCAUUCCUUGGUGUUCCAGGUUCUCUUUUCCUCUAUUUACCUGUUUCUGCAGAUGUUUAUUUGUUUGCAAUUUCAUAGAGGGAAAUCAUUUCUGAAGAGUUAUUUAUCAAUUAACCAUGGAAUAGUAGCAAUCAGGAUAUUAUUUUAUGAGGCUGGGGUAAUUUCCUUGAGUUAUGCUGUUAGAAUUGUUAGUAUUUUGUCUAAGAUGCUGUUGCGAAUAUUGCUAUUCAUUGAGAAAAUGUGUUUUUGUGAUUUUGGACAUCGUUUCUUCAUAUACAAAGUGUGUGGAUGCAAAUGAAUUUGUAUGAUCCUUUAGGGGCAGAUGUAUGUAGGAGAACUAUGUCUUGUUUUGGAUUCUCAAUCCCAGUCGCUCUUAUGCUUAUGACUAGCUAGAUUGGGAAGAUUGUUUUGAAGGGCUACAUUGAUGAUUAUGGACUCCUGGAGGAUAGUUUAAAAUACGAGAUUGGCUAUUUUACAAAGGAUUUUGGUGAUUUAGGUUGUUCUUUUCGGUAAAGAAAAAAUAUAUGUUAUAUGGUUGCUUGUCUACUUGAUGAUGGCAUGAGAUUAAUGGUGGCAAGGAGUUGUUUUGGGGCAAUUUGGAGAGGGUGUCUCAGCUGGGAGAGGUAUGGGUGCAUGGCAGCAAGAUCUUUUUCUUUCCAUGUCACCGUAUACUUACUCUGGUGUCCUUUCUUUUCCUCCACGCUUUGUCAUAAGCAGAAAUGGACUCCUGGUAUGCUACUGCUUCACUGUGGUCUUUCUACCCUUGCUCAAUUUGGUUUUUCCUCUGUUUCUCUAGCAUGAGGUCUCUCCUCAGAGGUGCUGUGUUGCUUUGCACAACUAGCUAGUCUCAACUCCUUAGUUCCUCUCUAUGGUGCUGUAUUUCAGAUGACUAAAGGUGAAGUAGAUGAUAUGCUUUUCAAACAAAGCCUAUUAUUAAGAGGAUGUACAGCUUCUGGCAGGAGCUCCUCCAUGUUCCCUCUUUUCAGGAUUUCAUCAGGGUGUUUUGGUCUUUUGCUUUUAUUCCUGCUUUGUUCAAGUGCUAUUUUUCCCCUUCUGGUUCGUGUCCUUUGUCCUACACUUUUGUAUGGAUCUUUUAUUUUGGCCAUGUAUAAGUAUGUUGGCCGAAAAAAAAGUAUCAAGUUCAUAAGAGUAGUCGUAUUUGGUUUGUGGCAAUAACCAUUUUCAUUUGUU